ACGAAACCAAGCAAGCGCUAAACUCUCAAAAGGAGGAUAUCAAGGGCGAGUCAUCUCGCAGCAAGGAGGAAGAAGCAGAGCCGCCACCGGCAUAUUCGGAGGGAUCCAGUCCUCUCCUCUCUUUCACAUAUCUAAUGGCUGCCGCGGGAGGAGCGUCGAGUAUCAUUACUCAGGUCCAGCAGGGUGGACCGCCUAUUAAUGCCCUGGGAGAUGUCGCCCCCGAUGAGACGAUUACUAUGGACCUGCGGGGAACGCGGUUCACACUAUCACGCGAUGAGUUGCUAACGUUGCCCGAAUUUGUACUUUUGUCCCUCUUUCCCAAUGGACUCUUCCCCGAAGGACACAUGGGUGGCUUUGGCGAGGGAGAUGCCGUACAAGUUGACUACGACCCAGCAUCCCUACAAUACAUGCUGGAGUUCUUCCGCACAGUAGCCCAGUCCAUUCCCGUAGACCCUUCCAACCCCCAAGAUGGCGGUGACGGCAUAGUACCCGUCGAUCCGGCAUCCGGCGCACGGGGCGAUGACGGUUCUAAGCGUGCUGGCAUCAUUGUGCUGCGUGAGGACCUGGACUUUUACGCCAUCCCCCCUCGCGCUGACCUUGGUCAGGCUGAGAUGAUGGAGAUCAAGCGCGCGGCUGCUCGGGCGCUGCUCAAGCAGGACGGCAUCUUCAGCGGGCUGAAGAAGAGUGACGAGCCGGGCACGACGGAGGCGCAUUUGAUCGAGAUGUUGACUGCUGGCGGCUUCAACCACGACGAUCGCUGGGGCCACCGUGCCGGCGAGCCUAACAAGGCCGUUAUCUGCUCCCUUGCCCUCGCUCGCCUGCGCUCCGACAUUAAGGGCAACGAGAUGGGCAGCAACGCCGUGGGCAUGGCCCAGAAGCUUCUGCUCUUCUGGCGCAAGCCCGCUCGCAGGUGCUGGUGGGAGGGUGUCGAGCUUGAGGGUGUCGAAGGUCUCGAGCCUGGCACGAAGCUCAAGGUGUGGAUCCGCAGGGUGUGGACGCUGGAGAUGAGCGUGAUUGGACUGCGUUAGGGACUCGGCAAUCUAGAGCUCAGUCAGGCUUUCUAUGCACCAGGGCUAGUGGAUGGUGUGGGUGGACUCGAUGGAGUUGAAGAAGAAGAAGAGGAGGAUAAGAAAUAUAAGAACGAGAU